AUGGGUUUCAUCUUUGGCAAAUACAUCUUUAUUAUGAUUCAUUCAUCACUACUCCUUGGUUCUUGUUAUGCAGCUCCUGCGGCUGGAAUUGAUCCAUCUCGAGCUUCUAUAUUGAGCCAGCAAGCAUAUAAUCUAUGCCUCUACAGGUCGUCUCUUGGAUCUGAACACAAACCUUGUACCGCAUUCGGCGUCUCUGGUCUUCCCCCCAUUACCACUGUCAUAACAAGUCACGAGUCCACAGCAACGUUCAUUGCAUCAUUCCUUACCGAAUAUGCAGCUCUUACUAGUCCUAUUGUUAUGAAUACCAUAGUUGAUGGCACUAGCACGCAAGUAUCUGUGGGUGAACUAGGUCAAGUCUGGGCACAGCUUGGAGAUGUACGAAUUCCUCAUCCGACCGAAGCCCCGGAACCUCCCCACGCGAGUGAGAAAGAGGUGAAAAGAGCAGUUGUCAAAACGACCAAGAAAACUACCGCGAUCCAACAGCCUACAACAAAAAUUGCAACACCAACCACAACCACCCAAGCUCCUCCACAGACCACUACCUCAAAAACUUCAUCUGCUAUUGUUUUACCGCAAAGUAGUACCACUACUACUUCUGCUGUGAUCCCAAGUUCAACAUCAAAGACAUCUUUGAGUAGCUCUCAAUCUACCUCAAGCACACCUAGCGCGGUCUUAUCGGUCUCGUCAGUCUUAUCUGUAUCAUCGGAUUCCGCUACUAAGCCAGUUGCAACGGGAUCUCCCUCCUUAACCACUUCGUCAAUAAUAAGUUCCUCCGGCUCCUCAACAGGCCCUAUCACUGGAACAAUCACCGGAAGUAGUGGAAGUAUCUCAGGCCCAGUCUCAUCUACCCUAUCAGGGUCAUCUACAACAACAUGCAUUGCAUCCACAUACGUCUCUGCUGGCUCCACAUACACUGCCAAAUGUACCGGCGCCCCGGUCUCCUCGAGCUCAACUUGCACGCCGUCCACUUAUGUCACCAGUGGAACCACAAUGACAGCAUCUUGCAAGCCUACCAGUUCCGCGUGUAGCGCAUCGACAUAUGUAUCCAGCGGAUCGACUAUCACGGGUGGAUGUAGCACCACCUCAGCGUGUGUCGCAUCCACUAAGAUAGUCAGUGGUAAAACGACAGUUGCUUCUUGUACUCAAGCUUCUGUAAGAAUUGCUUCAUGGACUACAAACAAAGUCGAGCAGAACGGUAUAAAAGCUACAGCGUUCAAUUCUGUUAAAGCUAGUAGUGUGGCUUCGGGAAUUGACGCGCUUCUUUCGCAGUGGAAUGAGAUGGGCGACAAUUCGACAGAAACCAGCGGAAUAGCAUCGACUUCGGGAAGUAUUCCCAAAACAGCACCCGUUAGAUUGACGACACUUACUACUUCCAAGGUUCCCUUAUCAACUGGUGCGGCCAUUAAAAGAAGGGCGCUCUAUCUUUAA